UCUUUGACCGGUGUUUGGUUUUCCCUGUCACCCUUCCAAAGAUGGAGAGGUCCGUCUCCCUCGUUUUCCUUUCAUUGUUCUUGUUCUUCAAUCAUAGUUUCUUCUUUCAGGGUCAUGCUUCAGGAGCUAUUACUCCUCCAAAUGAAAAGGUUCGGUUUAAGCUGAUCCACAGGCAUUCACCUGAGCUUGGAGAAGACCAUGGAACGACCCUUGGUCCCCCAAGCAGUACAAGGGAGCGCAUAAAACAGCUCGUCCACAGCGACAAUGCUCGGCUACGUACAAUCUCGCAAAGGCUAGGCCCAAGAAGGAUGACUUUUGAGGUGAAGAUGAUGGGAAGCAACAAUCUGAUAGAGCUCCCAAUGCGAUCGGCCGCCGAUAUAGGGACAGGGCAAUACUUUGUUUCGUUCAGGGUAGGAAGCCCUCCAAAGAAGUUUAUUAUGAUUGCGGAUACAGGGAGCAGUCUUACCUGGAUGAGAUGCAGUUACAAGUGCAAGAAUUUUUCCAUGGACAGGACCAAACUUCAUGAGAGGAUAUUUUACGCUAAUCAGUCACGUACCUUUAAGCCAAUUCCAUGCUCCUCUAACGUUUGCAAGGUUGAACUCUCACAAUCUUUCUCCUUGGCCCAUUGUCCUACGCCAAUGGCUCCCUGUGCCUAUGAUUACAGAUAUGCAGAUGGCACCAGAGUGGUCGGAAUCUUUGGAAAUGAUACUGUUAAAGUCCGCCUUAGCGGCGGCCAAAAGAUAAAAGUGACGGACGUAAUGGUCGGGUGUAGCGAGGCAAUACGGGGGAAUUUCCAUGACAUUGAUGGAGUAAUUGGGUUAGGCUUUGACCAGCACUCUUUUGCAGUGAAAGCAGCUAAGGAGUUUGGAGACAAAUUUUCAUACUGCUUGGUUGAUCAUCUGAGCCCUAGUAAUCUUGUCAACUUUCUUGUCUUCGGUGGAGUUACUAGUUCUCCAUUGCCAAACAUGCAAUUCACGCAGUUGAUCCUUGGAAUAGUAAAUCCAUAUUAUGCAGUAAACGUUUCUGGCAUCUCAGUAAAUGGUAAAAUGCUGGAUAUCCCAUCAUAUAUAUGGGAUGUUAAGGGUGAUGGUGGGGUUAUUAUGGACUCAGGUUCAAGCUUAACAUACCUGGUGAAACCUUUAUUCGAUAAAGUCAUAGCUGCUUUUCAGGCCCCUUUAAGCAAAUUCCAGAAACUGGAUCUGAACUUGGGGCCCGAUUAUUGUUUCAGUGCUGGAGGAUUUGCGGAGUCGUUGAUGCCAAAACUGGCAGUCCAUUUUGCUGAUGGAGCUAAGUUGGUGCCGCCAGUGAAAAGUUAUGUCAUCGAUGCUGAAGAAGGGGUGAAGUGUCUGGGCUUUUCAUCCACGAGUUGGCCUGGACCUUCCGUGAUUGGUAAUAUUUUGCAGCAAAAUCAUUUGUGGGAAUUUGAUCUUCUAAAUAGCAGGUUGGGUUUUGCUGCUUCAAGCUGUACAUUUGACUGAUCGUAUGGAUAAAACUAUAGUCCUUCAGAGUUACUCUUUUGAAGCCAAUUUGGGAAUUAUCCAAGAGUUGGAGUACUCUAUUUAUUGGAAGUCUUGUCUGCAGCUUUCCGGUGUAUCAUUAUCAUGGAUGUAUAUUCAGUGAAGUGAAGUACUUACCAUAUGGAUUUUAUGUAAGCGUU